CUCCGGCGCACGUUUCAACCCCUCUCCCUCGCAUCCUACACAGACGCGCAUCUCUCCCUCUCGCCGUCUCGUGCACUCCCCUCCUUGCCAGCCUCCCCCAGCGCCAUCACCGCCACCGCCGCCGCCGCUAAAGCAUCGUCGUCUUCACCGUCUCGAUCAUCAUUCGGCGGCAGAGCGCCAUCCUGCGCCUCGCCUCGCUAUUGGCCCGCGAAUGUCGGACGUGCGCUCGGCGCAAUCCGCAGCGGCGGAUCAGGUGUGGCAGGAGGAGGAGCAGCAGCAGGAGGGCGAGGAAGAACAAGCGGAGGAGAGCUGUUAGGAAGCCGCCGCACGGGCAGCAACUGGAACGAGCAUCGACCUGCAUUGGACUGCGCGGGCAGGCAGCAGCAGCGGCGGCGGCAGCGAUCACAAGCGGCAGCAGCAGCAGCAGCAUCAUCAUUCACCACACAUCCCCGUGAGUAGACAAGCACGCUGAGCCCCACCCCCGCCCGUCGCGGCCCCCGCUCCUCAUCUCCCAUGGAAGACAUGGAGGAUGAGCUCAAGUGUCCGGUGUGCGGGGCCAUGUACCGGGACCCCGUGCUGCUGCCCUGCUCGCACAACCUGUGCCUGGCGUGCGCUCGCAACAUCCUCGUGCAGACGCCCGAUGGGGAACUACCAGCACAGCACCAGCAGCAGCAGCAGCAGCAGCCGGUAGCACCGGUGCCAGGAACAUCUCAAGCACCAGCGGCGGCGGCAGCAGCGGCGGGCGCGGGGAGCGCGUCGCAACUCCAGCACGUGGUGGCAAACGGCGCGGUGGCUCCUCGCGUGUCCCCCUCGGGCUCGGACUACGACUACCUGGAGCUGGACAAGAUGAGUCUCCACAGCGAGGCGGACAGCGGCUACGGCUCGUUCGGGGGCUACCUGACCAGCCCCGGCACGCCGAACGCGCCGAUGGCCACCACGCCAUCCUCCUCCUCCGCAGCGUCGUCCUCCUCCUCCUCCGCGUCCUCCUCCUCCUCGCUGUCGUCGGCGGUGGCCGUCCUGCCGAAGCUGUCCCCGAACGGGGUGCGAGUGUUCCCGCCGACCCCCGUGCCGAGCGCGGCGCCGCGGCCCCCGCUUCCCUCCUACCAGCACCACAGCCAGUUGCACCCGCAGCACGCCCUCAUGCACGCACAGCUGCUGCAGCAGCACCACAUCCUCCAACAGAAGCAGCAGCAGCAGCAGUUGCUGCAACAGCAGCAGCAGCAGCAACAGCAGCAGCAGCAGGCGACCGCGGUCCAGCAGCGGCACCGCAACUCGUGCCUGACGUGCCCGCAGUGCCACCGCAGCCUGCUGCUGGACGAGCGCGGGCUGCGGGCCCUGCCCCGUAACCGCGUGCUGGAAGCGGUGUGCGACCGCGUCGCGCAGCGCGGCCGGGCGCGCGCCCUGCAGUGCCAGAUGUGCGAGCGCAGCCCCGCGCGGCCCGCCAGCGUGCUCUGCGAGCAGUGCGACGUGCUCUACUGCGACGCGUGCCGCAGCCGCUGCCACCCGGCCCGGGGCCCCCUGGCCAAGCACCGGCUGCUGCCGCCGGCGCUGGUGCUGCAGGCGCGCGCGUCGGCAUCGUCGGCCGCGCGGCGCCCGGCCACGUGCGCGGAGCACGAGCUGGAGAGCCACUCCAUGUACUGCGUGCCGUGCCGCGCGCCCGUGUGCUACCAGUGCCUGGAGGAGGGCAAGCACGCACGCCACGAGGUGCGCGCCCUCGGGGCCAUGUGCAAGCUGCACAAGGGCCAGCUCUCCCAGGCCCUCACUGGACUAUCGGACCGAGCCAAGGAGGCCAAGGAGUUCUUGGGGCAGCUGAAGAACGCAGCCACACAGAUUCAGGAAAGUGGCGUGGAGCUGGAGGCCUGCCUCGUGGCGCAAUGCGACGCGCUCGUCGACGCCCUCAACCGCCGCAAGGGACAGCUGAUGGCACGAGUGGGCAAGGAGCGAGAGCAGAAGCACAAGCUGGUGCGGGAUCAGAUGAGCCACUGCUCUGUGAAGCUACGGCAGACGACAGGGCUCAUAGAGUUCUGCCUGGAGGUGAUCAAAGAGAACGACCCCAGCGGAUUCCUGCAGAUCUCGGAUGCCCUCAUCAAGCGCGUGCACAGCACGGAGGAGCAGUGGGGGCGGGGGGCGCUGCAGCCCCGCGCCAACCCCGAGUUUGACCUCUCCCUCGACAGCGGACCCCUCCUGAACUCCAUCCAGCAGCUCGACUUCCUGCAGACCCGAGCCCAGCCGGCCGUGCCGGCCGCCCCACUGCUGCAGCUGGAGGAGUGCUCGACGCAGACCAACAGCGCCACGCUGUCGUGGAAGGCGUCGCCGCUGUCACCGGCCAACAUCGAGGGAUACGUCCUGGAGCUCGACGAUGGCACCGAGGGCUUAUUCAGGGAGGUGUACGUGGGCACGGAGACGCUGUGCACCGUGGAUGGCCUGCACUUCAGCAGCACCUACAGCGCACGCGUCAAGGCCUUCAACAAAGCUGGAGUCGGGCCCUGCAGCAAGACCGUGGUGCUGCACACCUCCGAGGGUAGCGCUGACCCCGACACUAACGUGGCGUGGUUCUCACUGGACCCCAGCUCCGCCCACCAGGACGUGAUCCUGAGCAACGGGAACCUGACGGCGUCGUGCAGCAGCUACGACGAGCGCGUCGUGCUGGGCUCGGCGGGGUUCACGCGCGGGGUUCACUACUGGGAGGUGACGGUCGACCGCUACGACAACCACCCAGACCCCGCCUUCGGGGUCGCGCGCCUCGACGUCACGAGGGACGCGAUGCUGGGUAAAGACGAUCGGGCUUGGGCCAUGUACGUGGACAACAACCGGAGUUGGUUCAUGCACAACAACUCGCAUACACACAGGACGGAGGGCGGCAUCGCGAAGGGCGCAACGGUCGGGGUGCUGCUCGACCUGACGCGACGCAUCCUCGCCUUCUUCAUCAAUGAUGAGCCGCAGGGUCCCGUGGCCUUCCAUGACCUGCAGGGCAUCUUCUUCCCAGCCAUCAGCCUCAACCGCAACGUGCAGGUGACACUGCACACAGGGCUGGAGCCUCCAGACGUGCAGACGGAGGAGGAGGCGGCGGCGGUGGUGGCGUUGGCGCGGCCCACGGCGACCGUUUGAGCCCCGUUGCUACCAGCGGCAUCUUCUCGAAUCCUCGGAAGCACUUACCAAAUUAAACUACGUGACGCAAAUGCUGCACAGGUCACCGUGCCAGACUUGCAAAGUAUAGAAACAGAAACGCGAGAGCUGAGCACGUCGAAAUGAACGCAUUUUAGAACUUUGCUCCAACAAGAACAUUCGAUUCAUGGAAUUGUCCACAGGUGGAGGAUUUGCUUAUCUGUCAUGCCAAUACCACCUGCCGUUUCUACUGCAUUGUGAGGAUGAGGGUAGGCACAUACCCCUACCGGAAUUGGUACACCCCCCCCACCCCCACACUGGGUACCUCCCCCUAAUGAAAUGUUACAUUUUACGUUUGGGUUAAAAUGGGGGGGGGGGGGGGGGUGGCUAAGAAAAUGGUGUCUUGCACAUACAGUGUUCCACAGUGGAUGCUAUAAAGUAGGCGUGCAGUGCGUAGCAGAGGUUAAUUACGAAGGGUGGUUAUCAUAGAACCUUUUUGCUUGCAGUGGCGGGGAGUAAGACAGUAGAAAUAACCCUUUACUGUCAUCAAAAUUACCAAAGUAAUACUGUGUGAUUACUCUAUUAUCAAUGUGUAGACUAUUGUUACUUGGCAUGUACCAAUUGGUUACAUUUUUACAUUUUAUUUAAAGAAAUAUGUAUUAAAAUUCAACAAUUCAAAAGACAAACAACCAUUGCCACCAGCUUAGAGAAACUAUACGUGUUAGUGACUUUGAUCAAUGCCAGAACAGCAACAUCCGAUGCAUUUAGAUCUCGCCACAAACCCCGCUAAUUGUACACUUUGGCAGUGUUGGCGGCCCUGAGUGCGUGGUGGUAAAUUCCUCUUUUGCCACAUUGUCGGGAAAGCGCCGCCAAACUUUUGGUGUAAGACGGAGCCCCCUAAUGGUGAGUCGACGUUAAUGCAUGAGCAGGUCCUGCCGAGGGCACCGGACGUCAUGGUAAUGGUAACGUACAGCAGACCUGAUGUGCCUCCCGUCAGAGGCCAAGUGGGCCCUGAAGAGAACUGAUGGCACCCCCCCCCCCCCCUGUACUCCCCUAUUGGUCAGGACGCCAAAACUACCGUACACCAAGGCACUGUGACCCCGCCAAAGCUGUGAAACAAUACAAUGAACAGGGCAUGCGAUGAAGUUGCAGACAUAGGGUUAAGGGUAGUGGAAUAACCAGUACAAAGCUCGGUUGGUUAGGGGUAGGGCUAGCAUUUCACGGGCUAGUUUGCUCCACCCCCAAACUGGUUGUUCCUCCUCCCCAUUGCAAAAUAUCGCAUUGUCGGUUGUUGGCUGCAUUUCAUUGCCGGCGUUUACAGCGCGUCUUCUGCCUGAGUUCUCCGCGACAGGAAGGUGGAAUUGCGGUAGAGGUUUCUUUGCCUUGAAAGGCGAAUUCACUCUGAGGUCUCCAGAUACUCAACGGGAGCAGUGUUUGUCGAUUGUCAGCCACCUGACUGCCUCUGUACUCAAAUCAAAGUGUGUGUCCCCCCAACUCCCACCACCACCGUGUUCAAACACGCAUUGGACAGCGCUCAUCUCCCCCGAGCCAGUGGUACGGAGUCGACAUCUCUACGGUGACGGACAGCCAUCCCUCGAGGCCGGAUGACCGGUGUAAACGUUCGACGUGUGAACGUUCCAAGUGGGACCUAACAUCGCUUCGAAGUUAGUUUGCGCAGCCAGUGGCUACUGCUCAAUGCUGAGCAGCAAGUUUGAUGGUGUAAAAGAAGAAGCAUCGGGGCAGUGACCGAAGGCGCAGCGAUGUGAGCCGCUGUGCCGCUGUUAACGUCGAUGGGGCCAGAGGGUGCGGAGCGGUGCACACCGCUCCGCCUUGGGUUUGGCAAUGCUCAGUUUGCCGUGGGUAUUGCACAGGCGCUUUUUUGCCAUCGAGCCGUAAACUACGGGCACGGCCUGACUUAGCGGUGCCGUUAUGGAACCAGCAAAGAGUGGCUUCGACUUCAACCUCGUGACAAUUUUGUGCAGAAAAGGCUUCGAGGAACAAGUCUGGAAAUUGGUGCCACAAAUACAGCAUUGCCGUUGUAAUUUUGGCAAGCAAGGGUCAAUGCACAUAUGCGAAGAAGCCCAAUAGUUUUGCAUAAUUGACUAUAUUCACUCAAUGAAUAUAUAGGCAGAACCUUAAUGGUUCAUAGCACUAGUUUGCUGAGUUCGGCAGGAUUACUCUUGGUCGGGGAUGCUGCGAGUCGAAGUUUGUGCUUGCUGUAUGCGUAGACUCUCAGAUGUAGGGACAUGUGACACCUGCUUGCCUAACAUCACUGAAACGAGCGGGUGUCUGCACUCACACCGCCCUCGUGUUCCCUGCAGCCGCGCGGGUCCCGUUUCCACGAGUUUUUUGUCGGGCCCUUCGAGCCAUGAACGCUCGAACACGGCGGGCACAUUCCCCCAGACUCUUAGAGGGGGCCACCAGUCGCGAGACGAAACUACAAAGCGCAUUGUCGGAUAGGAGAGUGAGAAACUGAGGAUACGCAUUGGGGGGCACAAACUCACGUGAGCAAUGUCUGCCGAGUGGUUCGGACACUCCAACCACAAUGCUCCUUUAGAGUGCUGUUAAAGACAGUGCCUAUACUAUUUUGUCAAAAUGAGUGAGGCCUUUCGUCCCAUCGGAGUGAUGAAUCUGAAAUCUCGUCAAAAGUCUCUCGCUCAAGCGGUGCUCAUCUCUGGUGGUGGCCCUGAGCAAGUGGAUGCAGUCCCACGUUGCUGGUGCAGAGGCCAGUAUAUUCGUAGGACUUUGCACAAAGUGGUACUCAUUGAGCCAGGAAAGUUGAGAGGCUGUCGACCCCUGACUGGAAUACAAAUGAUCGACCUCGUCGUGGUUGGAGCGGGAGAGAAUAUUUGAACAGAAAUUAUACCUAGACAGCAAAAAAGCAGCUAAACCUUUGCAUUUGUUCCAGAAAGCUCUCCCAACUCGGCUGAGCGCUUAGUGCGUAGGUGUUUAUAAGAGGUAUUCAUUGGUGAAAUGACGAUGUGGUAUUUGGGAAAUUGUGGGCAGUUCACCAAAUUGAGCAACUUUGGCACUUCUUGCCAAACUUAUGCAGCAAAUGCAUUACAAUUCGUGGCCGAUAGACGCUAAAAAGGUGCUUCUCAUAAGCUUUCAGUGUUUUUCAAUCAGUCUACGAGUAUUGCUUUUAUCCUGGCAAACACCACCAGCAGUUGUUUAUAGAAUACACCUCUCAGGAAAACGUUGAUUCUCCAUUCAUGAGGUGGCCGCUUAUCUCUUACUCCUCCUCUGGACUGCGCAGCUAUGCAGCUGAGACCAAUGCAGAUUAAAUAAAAGUUCAAGGUGUCACCCUGCUCAAACGGCGUCCUUGAGCAGCUGGUGGGAAUUCCAUGACUCCAAAGGUACGGUCAAGGAGACCAACACUGACCGACGCGAGCAAUGGACAACAACGCGUCAACAGCAAUUAGGUUUUGUACAAUACCAGCGUCGCUUUCCGCCUGCAUGUUAGGCUAGUGCCAAGUGGUAGCUUAGCAUUUUGAUGUCGCUGUGAAUAUACCACGAGGCGGAAGUAAUAAGUGUCCGCCAUUAUGUGUACGCGAUGCAUGCUGGGACUUAAUUGGGUGUGGGGGGGUCCAGGCGUGAUCUAAGUAAAAGAAGAAACAUGCAAUUUCUUAAAUUUGUUUCCAUCUUUUACAUUUUUUUAAAAUACGUUUUUCGAUUAAAUUUACAGUAUUUCGUUGAUAAUGUUCAACCAAUACCAGCCAUGAACCACAUUUGUGCCAGAAAAAAUGCGUGUGCUGGCCACCUGUCCCAUCGCCCAGUGUGUCCAGCAUUUAAGUCAAGCAGCGCUGAACAAGCGCAGGUGCUGUCCUGAGCCUUUCUGUACUCUAAUGCAAUUCAUGUGCAAAAGAUUUGACGACUUAUAUUUGUAUGUUAAGGCUGCAGCGAAUCUGUACUCACAUUGGGGGGUAUGGGGUAUGGUUGGAUGUUAAAUGUACAACCAAAAUCCAGUUUUAAUUCCAAUAAUUUCUGACCAUAUACCAUGUGACCAUGCAUGGAUAGGAUGUACAUGAGAAUAUUCCACUUGUGGUGGUGAAUCACUUCUGAAGGUCCCAUCACCCACAUUAUAAGAUGGCAUGUCAUACAACAAGGCAUGCUGUCACCUGAACACUGGCUACAAAUGUCCUGCCAUAGCGUAUUUUAAACCCACAAUAUCAGUUCAGGCGAGGUGAGCAAUUGCGAGAGAUUAUAGUCAAAAUUUGGCAAAAAAAAUCCAUUGCCCCAUCGAGAUCCAUAAGUACCCACAGACUUGUGGCUGCGACUCAUUAAUAUCUGGAUUUCUGCACAUUGAGACUACGCCACUCCACGUGGAGAUGUUAGGAUGCACCUAUCACAUGUUGAGAUCUCACUCGUUCAUGUGUGUGAUUUCACGUUGAGGUCAAGCUACAACUUGUUGAGCGCCGCUGAAUAUUCGGGACCGUUUGUUUCUAGAGCUCGAAAUGUGCUGGUGGAACUCCAUACAGGGUUAGCGGUCGUGUAACUCAAUACAUAUUAGUGGAACACAACUUGCGGUAGUUAGAUCUCAACAAAUGGUGCCCGCAACUGGCAUUGGAGGGCCAAUGGUAGAACUCAAUGGACUUUUAAAAUCCACAUUUGGCAGGUAGAGCUCCUCAUCUUGAGACCGGGCUCCUUUAGUCAAAGCCAGGGCAGACUCGAUACUCCAGUAUUUACUGCUGCGUGUGCGGUAUAUAUAUAUCUGUGGUGACCCCGUUUGGGAUUGGAAGGGUCUUUGCGACUGACCGUCGACUUCCUCGGACAUCACAUUUCAUUUUGUAAUCCCCACCACCCGGACCAGGAGUGUGAUUGCGUUUGACAAGGAUCAGCCGAUCCAUUCCUCUCCAAUCCCUUCCUCUUAACCACACUCUGGGUGGGACAUUGCUUUUACUUUAAAUUCAAUUUAUCAGCAGUGAACGGAUAGAUGGGUAGAUAGAUCUAUACAUUACUUUUAUAUAUAACAAGGUAAGAGCCCAUUGAGACUAGAAGUCUCUUUUUCAAGGGCGACUUAGAUGUUGUGGCCAAACUGUGUAAGGAUUCUGGGCCUUGCUGGUUGGGGUGAUACGCUGUAGAAAGGGUCUCUAUACUUUAAAAAGCUGCACACACGAGGCUAGAAUCACCAGCUGACCUGAUUCUAAAUGUUUGUCAAUGUGAAUUGUCACCGCGAAGCAGUGACGUUAUGGAAUUUCUGCUCCGUUGCUCACUGUAUCAGAUCCUCUUAUCCAUAGAGGUGCACAUUGUCAAUGCAAACGGUGCUACAUUAAUGUUGACCCUUCAUUGGGAUUUCAGCCUUGCUACUUGGUAGGGUGAGCUGAUCGUGGAACGGUGGUGCAUGAGUACCUUUAAAGGAUCCUUAUGAGAAUGUGAUCACACCAGUCCAAUUGUGCUGAACAUUAACGGGAGUGGCUCAACCAAUAUUGUGUAAAUGUUUGGCACAGGCAGUGUUUUAACUGAUCCUUUAAAGGUUCAAAGAGCUCCUAUGUCAUGGAAUAAAUUAAACCUUACAAGGAGCUACUUAGGAGGUCACUCAUGAAAUAGAAAACCCUGAUUGUAAUAUAAUACGUUGGACUGACAGGGCGGCUCAGAGACCCGGAGUCGCAGUGUUCGAUACAAUAACGUGGUGCCGUUUUAAAUCUGUGCAACUGAGGAUGACAACUGGGUCAGAAAAUUGUCAAUGCACUCGCCAUUGAGCUCAGUGGGAUAACUAUGGUGCACCAACGCAGUUUUGUGAAAGAUACGUUAACGACCUGGGCUUAAUUUAUCAUUUCCCCCCCCACCCGCCCCUCAACGCCCGAGGGGCGGGUGGGGGGGGGGAAUAUUUUCUGGAGCUCAGCCCUGAACAGCUAAGGCUGAAAUUAAGCCCUGUUAUUGACCCUGUGACUUCAUUUACAGGAGUAUGCAACUGUUUUAUGGAAUAUAGCCAUAAUGUAAAGUUAAAAUAUAAGUAGCAACUACAUUUUGGUGAAACAAUAAUAUACCUGGCGAGGUGUAGCUGUAGUUAAGUGCGGGACUCACAAUCGUAAGGUUGAAAUCAUGGGUCCAGGGGUUGACUCAGGCCAUCUUCUCUGUGGGGUCAGUUGAAUGUGAGAAAUUAAUAUCACGUAUGUAUGUUGGACUUUUUUCGCACCGUACGCAGCCAACCGUGCUAAUCGGAGGUGCGGGAAUAGGACAACAAACUAAACAUAAAAAGCAGUUAUAAAGAAAUUAGUUUUCAAUGUAUCACUGUGAGAAGUCAACAGGGUUUUGUCCGAUAAUGACACUGCCCACACCAUGGGAUUGUGGAUUGUCUACAACUGGCUCAGGACUGCUAAUGGAAAUGCGUUUCAACCCUUUGUUCAUUCGAACGGGGAGACACUUUCAAUUUAAUUAUAAUGUGUUUAAUUGUAUGGUACUUGGCUGUACUUCAAAAUAAUUUGUGGCAAAUUGUACUUUGAGCUGAUUUCCAAAAUAAUUUUUUUUAUUGAGUUUAAAUCUAUUGUAAUGUUCAUUUUCAACAUGCAUAACAGAUUUAAAUUACAUUUUGUAAAAGUAAAAACCCACAAGGAAAAAAGCAGCUUCCCACUCAAAACGAGCCCGGGGUGAUUUUCACCCCCCAAUGCCAUCCUUGUCCCACUGUUGGAAAUUCCCACAAAGUAUAUAGCUCACGUGAUCAAUCCCAGAGGGGAUGCAGGGCUGAGUCAAUCCCAAAGAGAGCGAUUUUAACUUUCAUUAUGUGACUCUAGCAUUCUGGGUCAGUGUCACCUGGAUGAGAAUAAUAACUUCGGCAAUUAAACCUAUUCACAGACUGGCGCAGCUACAAGGGUGUUAUUUUUGUUUAACUGGCACACUGGCUGUGAGCAUCCGGUGCCGCGUGGCGCUGGGUAGAGAGAUGUCCGCCCUUCUCCCCGUCGCCUAUCGCACGCGCUGGCAAACAACGUGGACGCGUCUUAUUCCCCCCCCCCCCCCCCGCACUGGCACCCGAUACCGGGGGAGGUUGACGUUUGUGUCACAUAAAGAAAGAAAAAAACACAGGUGCUGACUGCUGCUGUGGCGAAGAUAUCUGCAGCACGUCCUGCUGUCUACCUGUAAACACAAUCGGCCUUAAUCACACAAAGUCGAGCAACCACAUCGAUUCACACAAUCGUUUUUUUUGUUAAUUAGCGAAAUUGGUGAAGCGUCAACAAAGUUUUACGAUAUACAAUAAUGCAUAUAGUGUCGUAAACAGUGGUCGUUUUUUUGUAAAAUAAAAUAGAUAAAAAUUCAUUUAUAUUUAACACAAAAUUAAAAACUGCAUGUAAGGGUAAAAGUGUGCAUCGGAAUACGCGAUUAUAAGAUAUAUUUAUAACAUUUUGUAAAAUGACGACACUAAAAUAUAAAAUUUCAAAAUGUUGAUGUUAAUAAUGGAGACUUGUACAGGUACACCAAAUAUUGCAAAAAGGUAUUGACGUCAACGCCUGUGCUCCCACCAAUGUGUAUCAGCCCCAAAUGAUCAGCAAUGCUGUCAGUUUGGAAUUGGAGGACAGGGUUUUUUUUGUUAGCAUGAUUAGGAGUGAUCGCGUGGUGCUUAGAAACGAUCGAGACACGCAACUUUAGAAUAGCGGUUGUACUCGAGGCAGAGGUCGCAAACGGGUUUUGAUUCCUUACUCGUACCCGUACCCGGCCGCACCAGGGUCGCAAACGGGUACCCGUACCCGGCCGUACCUGUACCCUACCCGUACCCGGCUGGGUAUCGGGUAGGGUACGGGUAUCGGGUACCCGAUUGCGACCUCUGGGAUGAAGCCAUGUUGCAGGCGCGGGUGGGUUAAUUCUAGGAACUUGAAUUGUGAGAAGAGACAAGACGUUGGGAAAUGAGUGACAAACGGUUACUCACCAGUGACUCACGGCCUACCCGUACCCGUACCCGGCCGCACCAGGGUCGCAAACGGGUAGCCGGGUAUCGGGUAGUACGGGUAUCGGGUACCCAAUUGCGACCUCUGACUCGAGGCCACAUGUUGUUAUCGCUGUUUCGUGGACGUGGGGAAGUAGUCGUUCUCUCGAACGCCAGCGGAUAUUUGUUUGUUACUAAAGCUAAUCCACGUUUUCUCUUAAAGUGGCUGCUCUAACGUGUGCGUCGCCCCAAGCUCACUUGUCACUUGUGUAUGAAGGUGGUGCUAACAGUCUGUAUUGCAUCACUGUAAUUAUUGUAAAUGAGACACAAGCGAUGUACUAAAUGUAUUCUCAAACAAGCGUGGAAUGGUUAAGUUCAAGUCGAUUUAAUUUUUGGUUAAACACGUGGCGACUUUUUGGCACAAAUCUGCCACGCAAAAGGCCCAUCACAUUAAUACCCAUAAACAUAAACAUAAUAUACAAUUCUAUACCGCAGCGAGAGAGAGAACAAAUAUACAAUUAAAAGUUAUGUAAAACUUUAAAACAAUGAAAGCAAGUUGUGGCUGUGAGUUAGUCGUUGUAUGCAAGCGCAAAGAAAGGGUAACGCCUAUUGUUGUUUUAAUAAUUUUGAUACUGGCGAAACGGUCCCAUAGGUAGAUGUGUUUUUGAGUUGUGACUUGAAUGUAGUGAUGGAGUCGAUUGUGCGUAAUGUUCCAGAGGUGUGGUGCUACAAAUGAGAUGGUGUUCAUAUCCGUUGGUGACCCUGAACCAGUCAUGGAUAUUUCAAAUUCCGGUGACAUAGGCACAUUUCUGCAUACGAGAGUCACUGUUCACAUUUGACAAAGUGGAUUUGCAACCCAGGAGAGAUGAUUGGCUAAGCAUCCGGUGUUUGAACUCAGAACUUUGCAAUUGUGAGUUGAGCACACUUGCCACAAUGCAACCAGAUCAGAUGUUUUGUACAUUGUAUGCACUUGUUUGACUUGGUAAGGUUGAGUCUCGAGACUUGUUUUUGCAGGAGGGUACUGCUUAGGACGUUUGUACAAAUCCUAUUUGAGGUGUUUGUGUGCUCUCAAAGAUUGAGAGGCGAACACAAGCUGUCCACAAAUAUUUGUACUUAAUUGUUUAUUGACUUUGUAAAAUAAGACCAUUACGGUACCGGGCCACCUUGGGUACACAUGGGACUGGUUUCACUCCUAAGAUCCUCCCCAUUUAGUAUUAUUUAUGUGAAAUCUGAAAUAUGAUAAUAACCAUAAUAAAAACAGGAUGUUUUUUGUUAUAUUUUAUUAACACCAUUACCCAUGAAAAUGCAGGCUCACGUUGGAAUGUAUGAAUCACGGAAUCUUUUUUUAGAUAAGGUCUGUAUUUCUGCAUGAGGUCACACAUUCUUAAGUCAAACCAUAGGACCUCCACGUCAAUAUGGUACAAAAAUGUCAGAUCAAUGCUUAAUAAUACAAAGAUUAAGCUCGUAUAUAAAUGCAUUCUUAGGUUGAUAAAACAAACGCUCAAACUGGGACAUUAAAUCUCUUUGAAGGGAAAUUUAUUAUUGAUGUUUAAAAUACAGGCUUGCUAAGGGUUAUAAUUUCUUUAUUUUAGAACUUAAGGUUAUCUAUGGACAUCUGGCUGGGUGGCUCAGGGUGCCAAUUUCAUGAUAAUUGUUUUUUUAUCCUUUUAUCUGGCAACAAAAUUGACACCUUUUUUUACAAGGAGUAAUGUUUGCAUUGACCACAAUACCUGCGGUCGGAAUGCAAACAAACAUCACAACUCUGAUAAUGUAUGCACUGUCCUUGAAAUUGAUUGGUCCACACCCGAGACAGCUUUCCUUAGAGCCUAGUCUCACAUGGUGUUGGACCAGAUGACGCCAAAAGGCGCACAACUCAAAGGUGUCAGUUUUGUUGCCAGUUAAAAGGGUAAAACAACAAUUAUCAUCGUUUGCUACUGGCAAAGGAGGUUCCAAUGGUGCCAAUUCCAUGGUUGAUACUGACCUGGCAUCUCCAGGAUGGGGUAUUUGAAUUCUCGGUCACCCAUGAUUCAACCGUGUUCUCAAGCCUAAUUCGCAGCAUAUUAAAUUAGCGUUUCAUUAUGAUGACACAUUCAAGCUUUUUGGAUGAUCUAUUUAAGUAUGAUUACCAUUUGACAAACGCCCUUUGCAUGGCAUAUUAACAUGUGGGCCAACGAGUAUUGAUAUGAGCCCUGUGGAAGGGAAUUGAAAAGUACUUUCCUCCUGUGACAUUGUUUGGAAGCUGUUCUUUAACAGGGUGAGUCACUGCUCUGAGUGGAUCUGUCUUCAUCUCGCGGCAACAUGAUUCUGAUGGUGUAAUUGGAAUUUACUUUAAUUGGAAGACUAAAGUAUAAGUACAGAAAUAAUGGAAUUUGUGCACGCGUCAAUGUUGAAGUAUGAACACGUGACAAUGUGUACGCUGUGUGCAGUAGUAAAAUUGGCUUUUUCCCCAUCAUGGAUGUUCUAAAAUGUACAUGUAUACUGUGCUAUACGUUAAAGCCUUAAUGUGUGCAGGUAGCAGUUAAGCUAUAUGUGACGAGUUAUGUUUAGCAUUUCAGCGUAUUUAAACUCGAAGAGGGAAGCGGUGAAAUGAUGGCGCAUACACAAACGUGUGUACAGGAUCGGCCACACGUGUACAUGUGACCUAUGAGUGCAGUAUGGCACUGCAUAUGGCAUAAUAUUUAUCGUACGUAUUUUAAGCUACGUGGCUUGAAGCCAUAAUGUAUGGAGGAUACGGUAAGGUAUAAUAUGGUAAAGGGCCAUAAGAUGUUAUACAAUCUGUUGUUAUGAUGUCACAAGGUCAUGCAGCUAUAAUUCGUGUUGUGACACGUUAAGCUCCGUCCAUACGUAGCAACUGUCGUAGAGCAGCAAGACACAGCGAGGUCGAGCGAACUUGGAGGUGGCCUUGUUGACGGGGACAAUUCGAGGCGACUGUGAUGUCAUAUGCCUGCUCAAUGGCUCGUCCAGGCCAUGCGCCACUAAUUCGAUGAAGAUAACAGCGUCGCCCGAUGCGACUUUGGGUGUGCCAUUUUUUAAGCGGGCACAACUUCAGAUGAGAAACACGCGGGAAUUGCUACGUGUGGACUUCGCUUCGUAUUGACGUGAGCAUCGUCAACGAUGAAGACCGCUGAAGCGUCGUGCACUGACUCCGAUACCAAGGCUAUAUAACCAAACCGCAAGCGGUCACAUCGGAAAGCACCACCACGUUGGCAUAACUCGUCAUGACUAAACCUACUUGCACGCUUGUGCGCUUUACUCAGUAGUCGAUCAACAGCAAGUAAUCAUGCUCAUGAAAAAACACAUUUUGCAGCUUCCUGUUCAUGCCGUAUGCCUGGUGGUGGUUGUUGUAGUUGGCGUCACAGAGUCAUUCAACUGAAAAUAUCUCCUAACUUGUUUUGGAACAGAGCUGUGAGCUCAACUCUCUGAAGCCCGAAGUGGGAGCUUGUAUUUCACGUUUGCAUUUGAACGAGAGAUGUGCUGUCUAAAAAGAAGCGGCUGACAUUGUCUGCAAAACUGACGGAGCAGGUAAAAAAAAGCCCACAGGCGACACUUAUGUGAAAUAUAAUUUGGAAUAUUUAAUUCAAGCAUCUUUAAUACACGCCUAUCAUUCUUUACAAUGUCAUAAAGAGUCAAAUCUAUUCAUUUUGGUCAGCCUUCCCACACCAUGUAAUAAACUAGGCAUGACUAAAUGAUAUGACAUCCGUUGAAUUGGUCAUCAGGAGCUAAUUAUCGCUGAACUACAUCGAUCUUGAGGUCUGAAACACGGAGAUUUCCUAAAGACACCGUUGAGAAAGCCACGGGGAUCGGCAAUCUGCAGCUACAGAGCUGCAUGCGAAUCUUUAAGGGGCACACGUCUCAUAUUUGCCACGUGCAUUGCGGCUCUUGAAAUAUUGAAUAUUUUUUGUUAUAAAACGAAUUCGAAAAAAUGGCUCAACUUGUUAUUUUGGUUUGCCGACCCCUCUGGAUAUUCCUUGUAACACAGAGUCAAGUUCAAGCGUGUUCACGCCCCAGUGGGCACGGGGGGGAGAUGCCCAUCUCUGUAGCCCAGUCAGCGGUGGAAAUUCCACGAUGACGUACGGUGAGAAAGAAGUUUCAACAUCCAUGCUUGUACAAUAGUUGAACGCAAGUGGCGACAGAACUUAAACACUUAAACCUAAACCUGAGCACGUAUCGCCCCUAAAAUCUGUCACCUCAGACACUGCCACCCCCCCCCCUUAAAUGGAGGAAAUUAAAUAGUAAUCAUUGACUACGAACUCUUAUCGUCUCUAUGUCUGUGUCAUGCUGCAUCUCUCACAUUCUCCAUGUCUUUGGCUACCUCUGUAGUUAUGCUUCUCUCUGUCACUCCGUGUCUCUGUCUGUGUCUCUCUCCCUGUUUCUCAGAAAAGAUGGGGGCGACCCCUCACCCCACCCUUUUCCACUAGACCGCAACCCCCCUUGAAUCAUUAUGUUAUACCGCUUCUGACUGUCAAUGAAUGUCCCUAUCCAUUUGCUUAAUUGGCAGCUUAUGCGGUAUGUUUGGAAGAUCUGGGUGAGCUCACGUUUAGGUUAGGUGGCUUUGAACUGUCGCAAGUCAUGUCUGAAAGGUCACGAUUUGCGGUGUUCUGCACGCACAAUCAUUAUGUCCGUCAUUGCGGUGCUACUUAUCAAUACGUUGGGCAUUCAAAUAGACACUUCACCCUGGUACUUGAAUAAAUUGUAGGCCACUGUGCAGGGAGCUGAUUUUCACGCCAGGCAGUAUCGUAUCUUCUGCUCUACAGUGUUAUAUAUAACGUGUGAAAAAUAAUAAGCACAGUUAAACAGAUUUGUUCUUUAAAUACAAUUGUCUUUUUUUCCCAUUAUAAAGCUGUCUCAGUUCAACAGCAGAACAUCCAUCAUGACGGGAGAAUAUUGUUAUGGCAGGGUUAAAAAAUAAUGUAAUUAUGUUGCUGUGUGUGUGGAUAUAUACACACAUAUAUGUCACUGCAUUUAAUCCACCAAGAUGUUGCUGUUGAGUUGUGGAAUUGUGCUUUGUGUGCUUUGGAAGAUUGAGUUCAAGUCAGAGUAAGACUUGGCUCAUCAUCCCUUGCGGACUGAUUAUAGGACAUCAACAGUGAUCAUAUUUUGGAGAUACGUUUACCUCUGAUGGGUAUGUGGACGUUUCAUCUCUGGCUUAGGAUUACCAACUGAGAUGAGACUUGCUCUGGUUGUUAAUUUGAGAGUGCAGACACUAACUUUGGCUUGACUCAGGCAUUGCAUUUUGGGUAUUUUGCACAAUGCUCUGCGUACCAAAUACAUUUUACGUACCGUGCGUUGGUUCAAAUGAGUGUCUACGCAAUGAUCCUCACUUUCAUAUCGACUUAUUAUAUAUAUCCAAUAAGACAUCUUUUAUCAACUCAAAUGAGCAAUGGGGCAGAGAUUGUCCACUGAUGACCAUGACCCAGACACUUACAUACCAUAUUCCCAUGGCGAGGCCCUUCGAAUAACAGGGGCUUAAUGUCCACGCACAACUCGCGAGAAUGCAAACUACGGUACAUUCUAUGCAUCGACCCAACAAAGUGAUUGGACUGUGGCUUUUAAGGCUCCGUAUAAAUGUGCAGUUGUCGUGCUAAUGUAGAGUCUGCUGUUUAGCCUAUUAUCUCUCUCAACGCGCAGUGUUAUACCGUGAACAUGUAAGUGUGCAGUUGGCAUGUGAACCACAAGCUGUUUAACUGUUAGCGGAUAGCCACCGAGCAAGCAUACACACAAGUCAUGGCUAUAUUUGUUUUUAUAUAUUUCAAGAUGUUUUAGAUCUGUCUGUACAAGGUGAUUGUCUGGAGGGCCUGGGUGGGCGCUUGUUGAUGUUGCCGCAUUAGGCACGCCAGGUCGUAGCUAUAAUA